CGUGUAGCGGUCGAUGAUUUCUCGGAACGGAAGUCUUCUGAAUUCUAUUUAAUACCUAAGCUGGUAAUUUAGGAGGAGGAAGAAUUUCAAUACUUAGGCUUAAAACAAAAUGUCGGAGUUACAGCCACCAGUAACAACCGCAUCCUCUUCCCUCGCCCCUCUUCCACAUGGAGGAAUCGUACAACAAACUCAUUCUGCAGCUGCUAACGCUACAGAUGUAGCCGCCAGCACCAGUACCGCUAUAGCUGUCCCCAAGGGGUCAGGUACCAGGAGCACCGCUGCGGCUGCCAGCGGAGGCAAUGUGGUAGCAUUGCAGACCACCGCCACCGCCCAAGCGACAGGAAGCAAAGCUGACGUAGAUGAAGAUCCACGUGCUAAGCUAAUGUUUUAUCUCAGGUGCAUUUCUUCAGUUUUCGACGAAUUUAAUGGAGUGUGUAAAGAAAUUCUUAAAGAAGACUCAAUUUCUCAAAUCAGAUGUCUUCUUGAACAUGAAAACUUCCGUGCAUUGACCGUGAAACAAAACGACCAAGUCUUGAUUCUUUGCGAUGCAUUGCGCCCAAACUUGUUCAUCAACAAAUGCAUUUUUGAAAAUACUCAAAAAUGUGGAGAUUCGCAGAAUAAGUUUUAUAAAAUAGAAGAGGUUGAAAGAUCACUCGCCAUUCAAAAUGAAAUAAUUGUAAGAGGGGAGAAUCGUCAGGUGUCUAAAAUAAUGUAUUACAGACCAUCCUAUUUAGAGAAAAACUAUUACAAGCCAAUGAGCCGACUAGAGCAUCGUUUGAAAGUAAUAAGGAAAGGCGAGCAUUUGGAAACUUUUACUGAGAACUACAAGGUCCACCUCCUGAUGACUUUGAUUUUUCCGUUCUGGGUCGUGGUGUGGGCAGCAAUGUGUGUGUACGAGAGUAAUCCAACCGACCCGACUCUACAACACACAGAACCGUAGUAUGGAAACCGCCGUAUCAGAGAGGCAACCUGACCAUCCUUAGUCCACUGACUUGUGCACUAUGAUAUUUCUGUUUCUGACCCAAUGCUAUCACUAAUUUUUGAUGAUUUUUUAUUAUGUUGUGAAUAUGUGUUAUAAGUUUUAGCAUAUUGUUUUAUAAUGAAUUCUAAUUUUAUUAAAAUAAAUUAAAAUGUUUUGUAAAUAUGUUACAAAGGGCUUUGUUUUGUAUGAAGUAUAUAUAUUGUUGAACAUGUUGAUUUAUUUAAGUAUUAAAAGGCUUGGGAGUUAUUUUUUUGAAAUACGAAAACACAAAACUGUAUGAGAUCUUCAAUCAUAAUGUAUGAAGAAUCACAUACAAUGUGUUUUAGUUUUGAAUUUGAAUAUUUUUUUCUCAACAUUGUUUCGUAUCAUGUAAAACCCUCAUCGCUGUUAUAUACUCUAAUUUGAGCUUUGAAGAAAGACCGUCACAUUUUGGUGAAUAGGCGCUUGCCAUUUGUUGAUAGAUGUGAGGUUACAACAAUUGUUGAGAUGUACCCCCCCCCCCCCCCCC